AUGCGCCGUGUCUGGACUCCAGAUACCCCAGCCUGUCCUCUCCUGCAGCUGCUGGCCAACCCCGCGAAGCCUGCCCGAACCUCCAACUUCGUCCUUCGUCAACGGACACCGGAGGAAGUCAAGCUGGCAGGAAGCAAGCGACAGAGUCUGUCGUAUCAGGGCGGGAUCCUGAACAGAAUGUUCGGUGGCUUCUCGAGCCCAAACAAAGAGAAGAAAACAGAUUCAUCCCCUGCUGCCGGUGCUAGAUCUGCUCCCGCGUCCUCGCCGUCGCCCCCAACUUCCAGCCCAGCCGCAAACACCUCCAACUCCGCCUCCGGCUCCAACUCCAAGUCGAAUACCGACAAGGCGAACGAGAGUAACCCCUCCAGCCGCGAGAAACGCCACUUCUCCCUCACGGAUUCUUCCAAGCGUGCGUGCGAGAGGUGGAACCAGCCCGGUGACAAGAAACGACGCAAUAGCUCCGUCAAUAAAGCGGCAGCUCUCUUCACCAGCGCGAAGAACUCGCUGCAUCUCUCAAGCACCAAGAACCCGCCAAAGGAGCAGCCGCAGCCUCAGGUUGCGGAGACGCCUCUGCAGGCUCUCGGAAAGAUGGAUCCUGCCUUGAUCGUGCCCCAGGGGUCGUUAAACAAUUCCGCUGGCGAAUCUAUGCCGACCUCACGCUCGUCCUUUCAAGUCGGAGUGACGGAAGACAGGAAUAGAAAAUGUCGAAGAACGAUGGAAGAUACGCAUGCAUAUCUCUACAAUUUCUUAGGGGCACCUUUGGCUCCUGCUAAGCAGACUGAUGUCCCAGCACAGGGCGAAGGUGUACCCGAUGCUGCCAGUGAUGUGGUAGAAACUGACAAUGGCUACUUUGCUAUAUUCGACGGCCACGCUGGAUCAUUUGCUGCAGAGUGGUGCGGCAAGAAGCUACAUUUGAUCCUUGAAGACACUAUACGGAAAAAUCCUAGUGCUGCCGUCCCCAUGCUCCUCGAUCAGACUUUCACCUCCGUUGAUCAGCAGCUGGAACAGCUGCCAUUGAGAAAUAGCGGCUGCACCGCCGUCAUCGCCGUAUUAAGAUGGGAGGAUCGCCUUCCAAGCCCGGCGGCAUCCCUCGCUGAAUCGACUAAGAGAAAGGGUAAUUCAGAUGACCCUGAAGGCGGAAGUAUAGAGGGUUCGAAACCAGGCCCGUCGGAAGAUUCUCCUGCUGUAUCGCCACCAGAGGAACAGGCCAUUCGUUCUAGAGUUCUAUACACUGCGAACGUAGGUGACGCGAGAAUUAUUCUAUGUCGUAAUGGCAAGGCUUUACGGUUAUCGUACGACCACAAGGGAAGCGAUGAAAAUGAAGGACUACGAAUAACCAAUGCUGGAGGACUUAUCCUGAACAACCGCGUCAACGGUGUUCUUGCUGUCACUCGCGCUUUGGGAGACACUUAUAUGAAGGAUCUCGUUACCGGCCAUCCCUUCACCACCGAAACAAUCAUCCAACCAGAGACUGAUGAGUUUUUAAUAUUAGCUUGUGACGGGCUCUGGGAUGUUUGUUCCGAUCAAGAGGCCGUGGAUUUGGUGCGCAACACUAAAGAUCCGCAGGUUGCGUCAAAGAUACUAGUAGAAUAUGCUCUUUCGCGCUUUAGCACCGAUAACCUCUCCUGCAUGAUUGUUCGCUUUGAUACAAUAGCUACAGCAGAAGAAGCAGGCCGACAAGCCUCUGCUCCCAAGGAGUCGAGCUCUACUAGUGGAAAUGCCAAUAAGACGAUGAGCGAAGCUGAUAAAAUCGUCGAGAUGGCGAGGAAAAAUGCAGUCGAUGCCGAAAACAAAGCUCGCACGGACGGUUCUACUGGCAAAGAGCAGGAUACGGCUGGAAAUUCAGCAUCAAACGACCAGCAGCAGAAAGCAUCCAGCAAUAACAAGAGCGGUGCUAAAUAG